AUGUCUGCAUCAGAGCCUGACAGUGGGGCGUUGCCGCACGCCCUCGCACUUCCAGACCUCUCUGGGGCAGUACCUACCUCCUCAGAGGCCAGGGCCAAACGCCGCAUCGCUGCAUUGGAAGAUGAAUUACAGACAAUGAAGCAAGAAAAAGGAACGAAGCAGAGAAAGACUACAUACUACGUCGCCCAAGGCCGGGCAGUUCGCCGAAUGACUGUCCUUUAUACUGGCUUAGAAGAUUUGAUCGCUGAGAACGAUCGCAGAUACGAGCAAGCCAUGAUGGACGACGACACGGCAGAAGGCACCACAGAACAAGAUCGCCUACAGCGCGGCUACCUCGCGCUCGCACAGACUCUGCCAUGGAUGCAUUCUAAGCUUGCAGAACUUGAUGCCGAUGAAGCUGAAGAUAUGUUAAAAAAGAUCAAAAGAGGAGCCGAUGCGGCCCGUGGCGACGAUACAUCCACUCUAAAGGAUCUUGUCGCCGCCUGGGUCAAUCAGGAUUUUCGACCAUCCUCUUUACUCAGGUCUAACGACAAACACUUGCGCGGCUUUGUACACGAUAUCUGUGGGAUGUUGCUCUGCCCUGCAGAGUGGGAUUGGAGUGAUGACCGUGUGAAAGCUGGCAUCCGCGACAGAACAUCAGACUUCAUCGUAUCAGAAAAUUCUUGGCCGGUAUUUGUGUACGAGAAUUACUCGUUCGACGAGAACAACCUCGAACGGGGUCUCUUUAUGUCCAAGAUCCUCGUUCAGGCUUUCAAAGCUGUAUUUACGUCUCCAUCCUCUGCAAGAGAGGCUGAUGGCGAUGGUGAUGGAGCCGACAUCCUCGAAAAUAACCGACGCGCCAGGCGGGCAUUAAAUCAGGUCAAGGUUAAAACGUGCGUUCGUUUUGCGCUAUCCAACGUCUCAUCAUGGCGCACCAUUGAUGGUGACUUCGAUUACGAAGUAUUUUGGAACAACAUCGUCGAUUUCUUCGAGGAUGUUCCUGGCCCUGUCGCACAACGAAGGGUGAGCAAACUACUUGAAUGGUGGACUAGAAAGAUUUUUGGAAAAAAUCAUCGAGAAGAUCUAACACCGGAAGUUGUAUCUAAGAUGUCCGUUACAGCGCUAGCCGAGCAGAGAAAGAGGCUGGAGGACGCUGCUUUUGACUCGGAUUAA